AUGGUUUUAAAAAAGAAGAAGGAAAUCCAGGUAGAUGCAUUCUUUCUUCGGCAGCAGCAGCUUGAAAAACUUCAGAGGUUUUCAAAGGCUGAUGAGCAAAACUUGGCAUCUCUGCUUCUGCACUGCGCACAGCUGAGGAAUGGCAUCCAGCAGAUCCAGUGUAUUAAACAAAUUAUGCCAUUGGUAAAGAAGAUGGAUCAAAACUCUGCAUGUGAUCCCAUGGUUAAAGCUUGUUUGGAUAUUUUGGGGCAGAUAUAUUUUUCACUGGGUACCAAGAACCCCUUGAAAAAAGUAUUGGCAAGUUCACUAAACAGUCUUCCUGAACAGUUUAUGAUGUCAGCUGUACAAAGCUUUGUAUCCUGCCUUCGGGAAGAAUUGAAAACCACAGACGUGUAUUUGUACAGGAAAGUACUGGAUAACCUUGCUUCCUGUAUGGAAGACUUCAGCUUAGGUAGAGCAAGUGUUAAGAACCUAUAUGAAGAAGUUCUUCAGUUUCUGCAGAAGUCACUCCUUGACAUACAGGAAGAAAACAGGCAAAAUAAUGGAAAUCGUAUUGUUCAGACCCAGCUGAUGCACGAUUUACUGGUAGCCAUUAAGGUUUCAAUGAUGCUUGUACAGAAGUUACAAGAAAAUAUCCAGGGAAGUCUUUGGAAACACCAUGAGUCUUCUUUUGUUUGGCAAAGCAUGUGUAGUUUACUGAAAAGCUCCACAAACUUCCUAGUGGAUGAAACUCUUCUGCAAACUGUGCAGACUACCUCAGGGCUGGCCGUUAUUCUCUUUGUUAAAGCUAUGUAUGAGCCAGUUGAAGAAUUACCUUCCUUGGUCAGUGACUUGCUUCUUGGGUCGACGAAACACACCGGUGUGCCGGCGUGGUUUGUGAGUAACUGUGGGGCUCUGUGUACAGAAGAGCUCCCUGACUCAGUCCUGCUCUUUCUUUGCCAUGGAGCACUGGCUAUGCUGGAAUGGAAGAAUGGCAGCAUGGGGGAAAAUGGAGAGAAACUGUUAUUGGAUAUCGUAUCAGUCUUGCUGUCUUUGAGUUCAGAGUUAAAAGAAUCCAGUAUGGCAACAUCUUUAUCUAGAAUCCUUGCUAUUUGGACUAACUCGGCACUAGCUGCCCUGGUUUCAGGCUCCCCAAGUUUAAAAAUCAAACUUAAUGGGAACUCGGAUGCAAUUGGGAAGCUGCUGGAAUACAUUUAUACACACUGGGAGCACCCUCUGGAUGCUGUUAGACACCAAACCAAGCUGAUAUUCAAGAAUCUUCUUGGGAUACACCGAACCACCAUCACUGACCCCAAUGAAAAGUCAGACCCGUUCUUUGCAAGGCUGACAAAGCGAUUACUGAGCUUGGAGUGGCACGUGAAAGGGAAAUACGCUUCUCUUGGCUGUCUCGUGGAGUGUGUGGGCACUGAAAACAUACUGCAGUUGGACGGAACAAUUCCAGCACAGAUCUUGGAUGUGAUGAACGAUCAGUCUCUUGCACCCUAUGCCAGUGAUCUUUUGGAAACCAUGUUUACGAAUCACAAGGCCCGAUUUACUUCGAGUUCUCAAGAAAGCGCCUGGAUUGACCAGUGGCAUGACAUCUGGGUUUCUCCCCUUCUUGUAAUACUGUGUGAAGGGAACCAAGACCAGACUACUUACAUAAUAGAUUACUAUUUACCAAGAUUGCUCCGAUGUAGCCCUGAGAGUCUGAGCUAUAUGAUCAGGAUUCUUCAGACUUCUGCAGAUGCUAAUCUCGGCUCUUGCAGGACUAGAGGAGCUCUUGGAGCACUGAUGGCAUGCCUGAGAACAGCCCGGGCUCAUGGACACCUGGAACUUUCAAAUAUCAUGAGCAGUGGUCUUGUUUCCACAGAAUGUAUAAAACAGGGUCUAGUUCAUCAGCACAAUCAGGUUUGCAUUGAUGCUUUAGGUUUGCUGUGUGAAACCCACCGUAGCACGGAAAUUGUGUCUGUGGAAGAAAUGCAACUAAUUCAGUUUUUCAUGAUGUACAACUUGAACAGCCAGUCUCCCUCAGUGAGGCAACAGAUAUGUUCUUUACUGAGAAAGUUAUUUUGUAGGAUACAAGAAAGUUCCCAGGUGCUUUAUAAAUUGGAGCACAAUAAAACCAAGCUGGACUUACUUGAAAUCUCAACUGAAAGGCAUCCUUUGGGGAUUUUGCAGCAAUAUAAAGAUUUCCUGUCAUCUGUAUGUGACAGACUUUUCGAGGCACUGUUUCCUGGGUCAUCACAUCCAACCAGAUUUUCUGCACUAACUAUUUUAAGAUCAAUCGCAGAAAUAUUUUCUGUUCAAAAAGGUGAGAAAUCUAGUUUGCAGGCUGCACGAAUGGGAGGUGUUGAAGAAAAUUCUUUUAUGCCAGCUAUUUAA